AUGUCCUCGGUUGGCGAAGAGAAAAAGUCACUUCCUGUGACGGUCGAGAAGGCCAUCCCAGUCACCUACGAUUUGGGAAAUUUGGCAGUAUUUGAUUCCAACAUUUUAGACAGAAACGAUUUGGAUUCAUCUAAUGGAAAGCGUGAAAGUCAUAUCCGUGACUUAACUCGCGAUAAUGUCCAGUUGAUGAUUAACCAGAUUUUGUCAUUGCCCAUGAAGAACACUACCGAGGGAGCUGGUAGUUCUACCGGCCAAAGUGCCAGCAUGACCUUGGUGAGGCUGCCUGAUCCUAUUACAGAACUGCCCAGAGAGAAGCCUCUGCCUAAGCCUAAGGCGCCAACUAAGUGGGAACAAUUUGCUGCGAAGAAGGGCAUUAAACCGAAGGAGAAGUCUGGUAAGAUGAUUUACGACGAAGAAGCUGGACAGUGGGUUCCUAAAUGGGGAUUCAACGGCGCGAAUAAGAAACUCGACUCACAAUGGCUAGUUGAAGUCGAUGACCAACCUAAGAAGGCCGGAGACGAACUAAUUGACCCCAGGACACUGAGCAGGGCGGACCGUAAGAAAAUCAUAAAAAAGAAUGAGCUCCAGCAUAAGAGAAACUUGAAAGGAGCCAAAUGA